UUAACAAAGAGAAACCACAUUAACAUGUGUUUGGUUCCAUCUCAUGUCACCUGUGUCGGACCCAGGGAUGAAUCCACUUGAGGGACACACUUUUAAAACUUUUCUCAAUGUAGUAUUCAUAUAUACAUAAUUAGUAUUUUCUCCACAAUUCCAUGGUUUUAAGAUUGGAAAUUGGAUGAAACAGAGUGAGAAAAUCCCUGUUUGGCGCACCAUGGCAGUGACAGAAACAGUUAAUAACUGUUUUUUCCCUCGAACCUCACAACACAACCAAUGAAGUGAGGUGAGUCAGAAAUUGAUGUUGAAGCUAAAGAAGAAGCGCGUGGGACCCACGCAAGCCAACCAGUGACUAGACUUGUUACUGAUUCUGUCUAACUUUUGCUGCAUUAACUUGAAAAAGUUUGAUUUCAACCCCUUUCUGCUUUCUCCCAUAUAAACCCCUUCCACUCCCCUGCUUUCACCACUUGCUGUUUCUUUCUCUCUUUCUCAACUCAAACCUUCACGAAUCACACCCACCAUCACACACUCUAUCUAUUUGCUUUGUCUAUACACAAAAACACAUUUUCACAUGGGUCUUUCAAAAAGCUACCACCUUUGCCAUUUUUGAUUCUGAUCGGAGAUUAGUAAAUCACACGCAAUACUCCAAAAUUCUGUCUUUUCUUUGGUGGUGGUCAUGGCGAAUAACGGUGGAAAGUCCAGCAAAGAGGGUGUUGAAGAGAUCCAUCAUCACAAGGUGUUUGGUGAAAGUGAAGGCCAGGAUUCGGAGAAAGAGAAGGGAAAGGGUGUGGAUUUGAGCUCAGGGAGGAGACAGUGGAAGCCAGUUUUUGAUGAUGCUUCUAUCUCGCAAAGGCCUCUCAAGAAAAUCCGCAGCCCCGAACACCAAAGCCCCAAUCAUCAACCUUCUUCAUCAUCUUCCUCUAUGCUCUCUCUCCAACCUCCGUCGUCAAGAAUAGUGUUUCCUUUCGCUUUUGAAGGCUCUCAGCACCCAAUGCCAUCAUUCCCACACUCAUUCGGAACCACAAAUUUGCCUCUUUUUCGCCCCCCUCUUCAGCCAACGCAACAAAUGAUAUCGUUUGGGUCCCAACAGAACAUGGGGUAUCCGCAAUUCCUGUCCCCAGAUUCCACCAUACCAAACCAACAACAGCUCCAGCAACAGCAGCAGCAGUAUCAGCAGCAGCAGCAGCUUCUUCAGUAUUGGAAUGACGCGCUCAAUUUGAGUCCAAGAGGGAGGAUGAUGAUGAUGAUGAUGAACCGGUCAGGGCAUGAAGGGAGACCACUGUUAAGGCCUCAAGCACAGCCUUUGAAUGCCACCAAGCUCUAUAGGGGAGUGAGGCAACGCCAUUGGGGCAAAUGGGUCGCCGAAAUUCGUCUCCCUCGCAAUAGAACUCGCCUCUGGCUAGGAACCUUCGACACUGCCGAAGAUGCUGCUAUGGCUUACGAUCGUGAAGCCUUUAAGCUUAGAGGAGAAAAUGCUAAGCUCAAUUUCCCAGAACUCUUCCUUAACAAAGAUAAAGCAGAAGCAUCCACACCUGCUCCUGCUUCUUCUUCCAACGAAGGUUCAACAUCAACAUCAAGCCAGAACACUAAGCAACCUGAGCCAGUUCCAGAAGAGACCAACACUGAGAGUGAGGACAUGCCACCAACAGAGACAUUAGCAGAAGAGAAUGCUGAAACCGAGGAAGGAGUUUCGCAGCCUCAGGAACUGGUUUGGGGAGAGUGGUUCAAUACAAUUCCUGCAGGUUGGGGUCCUGGGAGUCCAGUGUGGGAUGAUUUGGAUCACAACAAUAAUCUUCUUCUGCAUUCACAACUUCCCUUCGUGAAUCAAUCUCAUCAAGAAUUCCAUCAUGAUGCCGCCGCUGCUUCUUCUCAGACACAACAAGAUAACAACAACACAGGACCAGGUUCUUCCUCUCCCUCUUGUCCCAUGAGGCCCUUCUUCUGAAUGGUUAAGAUUAAAAUUCAUGUCUGAUAGUAGAUUCAGCAUUCGAAUCUCUUUGAUUAGUCCUUCUCUUGGUUAGAAUUGGAGAACUAUAAUAAAGUCUCAUAAUGAACAAUUAAAGAAACUUCUUAAA